AUGGCUUCCAACGAGGAAGAUCCGAUUGUGAAGUUGAAUGUGGGUGGAGUCAUGUUUCAGACCCUAAAAUCCACGUUGACAAAGCAUAAAAGCAUGUUUAAAGUGAUGUUGGAGACAGAGAUGCCGGUCACCAAAGACGAGUCGGGCUGCAUUUUCAUCGAUCGCGACCCAAAGAAAUUCGAGAAAGUUCUGGAAUUUUUGAGAACCGGCCGAAUCGAUUUUUCGGGUCCUGGAGACAUCCUAAGCGUUCAAGAAGAGGCACAUCACUUUAUGCUAGAAAGCCUCGAGGAGUACUGUAGCAUUGUCCAACAUGAGAAAAUUCAAAAUUCGGCGCGAGAUUUGAAAAUUUCAGAAUCGGUGAAAAUUAUUGAAAACGACUCGGAACUCUUGAAAAUUAUCAAGAAAAUCGGAAAGCCAAUCCUCGUUUUCCAUGUUCCAGUGACAAACUUCGGAAGCAUUCAACUCCCAGUGGGAUUCGAUUUUCCGAUUUUCAAGAAAUUCUACGCGCCCCGUUUGAAUAUCUACCUCAAGCCCUACAGUACCCAGAGCUCUGUGAGACACCAGGAAUGGCAAUGGACGCUCUAUAAAAAGGAUUACAGCGAGGGAAAUAGUCCAAGAGACCCAAGACAAAUGUUUAGAAGACAUUUGGAAGCCAGUAUCGAUGGUUUUCUGAUGGAUUGA